AUGGUUGGAGUUACUCAGCUAAGCAGUGGUACGAUUCUCGGUGCUGGCACGGAUAAGAACCUCUAUACACGCGCCACUUUGAACGGCGGUUGGGUGCAGAUUCCGAACAGCGGUGAUAUGGUUGGAGUUACUCAGCUAAGCGAUGGUACGAUUCUCGGUGUUGGCACGGAUAAGAACCUCUAUACACGUGCCACUUUGAACGGCGGUUGGGUGCAGAUUCCGAACAGCGGUGAUAUGGUUGGAGUUACUCAGCUAAACAAUGGUACGAUUCUCGGUGUUGGCAUGGAUAACAACCUCUAUACACGCGCAACUUUGAACAGCAGUUGGAUGCAGAUUCCGAACAGCGGUGAUAUGGUUGGAGUUACUCAGCUAAGCGAUGGUACGAUUCUCGGUGUUGGCACGGAUAAGAACCUCUAUACACGCGCCACUUUGAACGGCGGUUGGGUGCAGAUUCCGUACAGCGGUGAUAUGGUUGGAGUUACUCAGCUAAGCGAUGUUUAG